AUGUAAUAAACUAAUGUACAUCCACAAGUGCUAUUAAGCAUCUCUUCAUAAAUUUUGGCCAACAAAGUCAAUUUCCCUGGCAAAGCACUUCAUGCUGGUAUAUUAUUGGGCUUCUACAAUGCCAAAAUCAAUAAGACUGAUAUCUUGGAUUCAUUUGAGAUAAGUUAUUCAGGCAAGGAGGAAUUGACUCAAGGUGAGAUUGAAUUUUUGAAGGAAAGAUAAUAACUACGUUUAAAAGGAGAUAAGUGGAACCUGUUUAAAAACUUGGAUAUAGUAGGUUUAAUUCAUAAUCGCUAUUAUAGGAUGGUAUAUCACAGAUAGUAAUCCACAUAAUUAUUUAAAGCUACAUAUGUAAAUUUAAACCUUGGCUGAAGCAGAAAUUUCAGAAAAUCAAACAUCCUUCUUUAAAUAUCUAUUGUGCUUUGAUCCACGUAGUACUUAAACGAGUUUAUUUGAACUUGAGGAUAAUAAAAUGCAAGUAUCCUAAAGUAAGAUUGAACCACAAUCAGAGGAAAUGAUUGGCAUCACCUCAUUGUUUUCAUAGUAAAAAUCAAAUAAAAAGUAUGACUUAAGAGUUAAUUCAUAACUUUAAAUGAUUUCCUUCUUAGAAGUAUUAUAUUAUUUCUAUAAUCCUUUUAGAAAAUGUUAUAAAAAUUACUGCAAUCAUUAGAUGAUCCAUAAAUCAUAAAUAAUCCUUUGGCUUUACUAAAGAUAAAUGAAGUACUGAUUUCAUUUCCAUAAAUUAACCAAUAAAAUAUUGAAUAGGACUACUUUAAGCUAUUAAUAAUCAGUUAUUAUUGUGCAAUUUUAAAGAUGGAUGUAUAAAGAAAUAAAUCAUGA